AACAAUUCAAAGUCAAUAGAGACUUUUGCUGUCUUGGAUGACGGAGCACAAAGGACUAUGAUUUUACCGGCCGCUGCCCAGCAGCUCGAGUUGAAUGGUGAGUGUGAGACUCUUGCCUUACGCACUGUGCGAACUGACAUUACACACCUCCUGGGGUCAGAGAUCAACUUUGAAAUCUCCCCCAAAGGAAACCCGCAGAAACGCUACAAAGUGCGGGGUGCAUUCACUGCUUCAGGUCUAGACCUGGUGGAGCAGACCUAUCCAGUGCAAAUGCUCCAAAGACAGCACACUCACUUACGUGGAGUCCCACUGCAGCCAUUCGUUAAUGUGCGUCCACUGGUGUUGCUUGGGUCGGAUCAUGUACACCUCAUUACUGCCACUAAGCCAGUUCUCAGAGGAGCUACUGGUGGACCCAUAGCAAUCCAUACUGCCCUCGGAUGGGCUUUGCAAGGUGCUGAUGUGUGGGUGCCAGAACAGACCUCAGUGCAGCAGUGCCUCUUUACCUCAGUUUCUGGCGCCCAUGACCUCCUGUAUCGAAAUGUCGAAAGGUUAUGGCAACUCGAUGUGCUACCCUUUCGCAAUGAGAAAAUGGUUGUUCGCUCUCGUGAGGAUCAGGAAGCCAUGAACCUUCUUGAAACCAAAACCCAGCGAGUCAACAUUGAGGGAGUCCAGCGUUAUGCCACCCCUCUCUUGAGGAAGACAGGUGCACCUAAGCUUAAUGGUUCCCCACAUUCUGUCAUGGCUCACCUGAGGGCCACAGAGAAGCGGCUCAAGAAAGACCCGGAGAAGGCAGCUCUCUACUCAUCUGAGAUCAGCAAGCUUAUUCAGGCAGGGUAUGUCAAUAAGCUUGGGCCCAAGGAGGUGGAUCAGUCUACAGAGGCAUGGUAUCUCCCCCAUCACCUUGUUUGCCACAAUAACAAAUCACGGUUAGUCUUCAACUGCUCGUUCAGGUACAAGGGUGCCUCAGUGAAUGACCAACUCCUGCCUGGGCCCACGCUUGGACCUUCAUUGCUUGGUGUCCUUCUACGAUUCAGGCAACACCAGGUCACUGUGAGUGGAGACAUCCGCUCCAUGUUUCAUCAGGUCCGACUCCUGCCUGAGGACAGACCGCUCCUCCAGUUCAUCUGGAGAGACCUACGCUGUGAAGACCCACCAGAUGUGUAUGAAUUGCAGGUGCUGCCAUUUGGUACAACCAGCAGCCCAUGCUGUGCCAUCUUUGCUUUGCAGCAACAUGCUUGUAAACACCAAGACAGUUAUCCUGGUACGCUGCAAUCGGUUCAGAAGAGCUUCUACGUGGGCAACUGCCUCGAGAGCUUCCCCACCAUACCUGCAGCCACACAAAGGGUAGAUCAACUGCGUGUCCUGCUGGCUGAAGGAGGGUUCGAUCUCAGACAGUGGGCAAGCAUUCAACCGACUGUGGUAGCCCAUCUUCCCCCUGAUGCAAGAUCCUCAACUACAGAACUGUGGCUAAGUCAAAAUCGGACCGACCCACUGGAGCCAGCCUUAGGCCUUAGGUGGAACUGUGCUGCUGACACCCUUGGCUACCAGUACCGGCCCAUCGUACAUGCUGCGCUGACAAUGAGGAUGGCAUAUCAGGUACUGGCCAGUCAGUAUGACCCUUUGGGGUUCAUCGUGCCAUUCACAACACGCGCCAAGGUGCUUAUCUAGCAGCUUUGGUCCAAACAGAGGGGCUGGGAUGAUCCUGAUAUUCCUACAGUCCUCCGACAUGACUGGGAGGCCUGGGAGAAAGAGCUGCAGCACCUCAGCAGAAUAUCCAUUCCCAGCUGCUACUCACCAGUCUCUGUGGAAGGUGCAGACCCAGAGUACGAUCUCCACAUCUUUUGCAACGCCUCCGAACGGGCAUAUGGGGCUGUGGCCUACCUCACUGUACCUGUAGGAGAUGUCAUCCACACCUCCUUUGUGAUGGCUAGGUCAAGAGUUGCGCCUAAGAGACAACAGUCUAUGCCCCGCUUGGAGCUCUGCGCCGCAGUGGCUGGUGCUCAACUGGCCAAGCUUGUAGAGACUGAGUUGACACUCACCAUCUGACAGACAACCCUGUGGGCUGACUCCACCACGGUAUUGGAAUGGCUCCAAUCAGACUCCUGUCGAUAUAAAGUUUUUGUUGGAACUCGAGUGUCAGAGAUACAGGAGCUGACUGACAGACAGGCUUGGCGGUACGUAGACACCCAGAAUAAUCCGGCUGACGGCAUAACAAGGGGUAAGCCCCUCCUGGCUCUGGUAGAGUCUAGUCAUUGGAGUCAAGGGCCUCCAUUCCUGAAGCAGAGUGCUGAACAUUGGCCAAAGAAGCCUGAGCAUGAAACAGCAUUGGGCUCAUCAGAACUGAAAGGCAUCACCUUCUGCUGUUUUACCACUGUAGAGCCCAACAUCAGCAUCCCAGAUGCCUAUCAAUUCAGUACCUGGAAGGAGUUGGUGGAGGCAGCUCAGCAGGUAUGUCAGGGUGCUCAUGGGGCGGCAGUGGACCCAGCAAACAGUCAGCUCAUUAGUCACCGAGAUGCAGAGAUCUUCUUGUUGAGAGGGUGUCAAGCCCAUAGCUUCCCAGAAGUUGCUGCCCUCAAAGCGCAGAAACCUGUGCCAAACCACAGUCGUCUGGCCAGCCUUGCUCCGGAGUGGGAUUCUUCCACUUGCAUACUCCAAGUGGGAGGGAGGCUACGAAGACUGCAGAACUCAAGCAUAGGAGAGAUCCACCCUAUUGUGUUAGACCCAAGGCACUCUGCGACAAAACUCCUCAUCAAAGACACUGAUGAACGUCCGUUGCACCCAGGCACAGAGCGGAUGUAUGCAGAGAUACGCAGGCAGUAUUGGAUCUUGCGAGGACGGCAGGCUGUCAGACAUCACCAACUCAACUGUCCAUCUUGCCAGCGAUGGAGAGCUCAGCCAGAGAUCCCGCAGAUGGCAGACCUGCCUCUGCAGCGCCUCAGACUUCUCUGUCCACCCUUCUAUUCAACAGGUGUUGAUUGUUUUGGGCCUUACCUGGUCAAAGUAGGCAGGAGGACGGAGAAGCGCUGGGGGGUUAUCUUCAAGUGCCUCACGACCCGCACCAUUCACACCGAGCUCCUCAACUCUAUGGAUGCAGAUGCCUUCCUCCUUGCUCUUCGUCGGUUCGUCGCAAGACGGGGCCGACCAAAGGAGAUACUAUCAGAUUGUGGUACAAACUUCCGUGGGGCUGAGCGGGAACUCCGUGAAGCUUUUGCAGCCAUGGAACCACAACUAAAAGAACAGCUGACAGAAUACCAGAUCGACUUCCGAUUUAACCCACCAAACGCUCCCCACUUUGGUGGAGCAUGGGAGAGGGAAGUUCGCUCCAUCAAGGCUGGUCUUCAAGUUGCAGUGGGAAGCCAGGCCGUUUCAGAGGAUGUCCUACACACAACCUUAGUGGAAGUAGAGGGGAUAUUGAACUCAAAACCGUUAGGGUACGUGUCAGCUGACGUCGCUGACCCUGACCCCAUCACGCCUAACAUCCUUCUCAUGGGGCGGCGUGAUGCAGUGCUGCCUCAAGUGGCCUAUGUCCCGUCGGGCAUAGGGCGGCGAAGAUGGCGCCACUGUCAGGUUCUUGUGGACCAGUUUUGGAUCCAGUACAUACGGAGCUACUUACCUACUCUUCAGACACGGCAGAAAUGGCAGAGGUCAUCAAGUAACGUGACUGUGGACUCAGUCGUCCUGAUUAUGGAUCCAUCGCUUCCCAGAGCUCAAUGGCCCAUCAGGAGAGUUAUUAAGACGGUCACCAGUCAGGACGGAUGCAUCAGAACUGCAGAAGUCCUGGUGAAAGGUAAUGUCUAUACAAGGCCAGUUGCUCGCCUAAUCCAGCUCCCUGCUAUCAAAGACACUUGAAGAAUUCCAUUAUUACACAUUUGCUGCUCAAAUGUGGGGGUGGCUGUUGGGAAUUCUGUACAUUUAGAGACUUCUAUUUUGAAAUUACGAUUCUUGUUUACACUUCCUUUCUUCGUUUGCCGGCUUUCCCGGUGCAGAAGUCACUGACGAUAAACUGUAAUGAUCUGCACCACUAAGUUGUACCACUUGUACCACUCUUACACUGCAAGUAAAGGAAUUAAACGACAAUGAUGACUCUGUGCU